AUGCUUCGACAGGUGGAUGAUUUCGCCAGGAAGGAGAUCGGACCCGACUAUGCACAGGGUGGCGAGGGCAAGACUGCUCUCCAGCUGGUCCGGGCGGACAUCGCUCGCCUGCCCUUCGAGUCCGGCUCUCUUGGAGGGGUUCACGCAGGUGCUGCCAUUCACUGCUGGCCAAACCCGGAGCUUGCCGUCGCCGAAGUCUCCCGAGUCUUAAGGCCUGGUGGCGUCUUCGUGCUGACGACCUUCAUGCCCCGAGGCCCGCUGCGCUCGAUGGGUACCAAUCGAAACCCCUAUAAGUUCUGGACAGAGGAGGAGUUGCGUUCGCUCACUAGCCGCUGUGGCCUUUCAGACUUCAAGGCGAUUAUCAAGGAUCCAGCCUUCAUCAUGGCCUUUGGCGCAUUCACGAACCUCGUCUCACGCGAAAGUUGGUGGCGCCUGAAGCACCUCGUCAGGCUGAGGGAGCAUCCCUUCGAUUGA